AUGGAUAGCCCGGUCGACUUUUCUGCACUGGCUGAGACGGAUGAUGAGCCAGAUUGGUUAGACGUAGCCGCUAAUGCACCGGCAGGGAAUCAAGGGAACCAAGGGAACCAAGGGAACCAAGGGAAUCAAGGGAAUCAAGGGAAUCAAGACCCAGGCUCUAGCAACGCUGUCCCCUCGAUGCUCCCGCCGACGACGACUGCAGCGCCGGCUGCAACAAAGUCAACACCCAUUCCGGCACCAACGGCAGCUGAUUUGAUUCAAGAAAAACCGUGGAAGUAUGUGGGUUACCAGGCUUACUCUGACCUACUCGCUUCCGAACCCGACUUUUUUGUCGCCCGAAAGAUGUCGUCUCCGAGAGGGUUGAGCUCCUGGACAAGAUCUCGACGUCCCUGUAUCGAUACAACCACCUUGUUGAAGUAUCCCGCGGCGCCUUCCUGGGACAUCGCCAGCCUCAAGAACUGGCAUUUGAGCCAUGCCAACGAGGCGAUUCAUCGGGAGGAAAAGACCUAUCUGGAGUACCCGGAUGACCUCAUCCCCGUCGGCCCGCGAGACAAGACGCCGCUUCGCCGGGGGAUCGACAAGUUUCUGUUCUUGCGCACGCUGCCCUUCUGGCGGGAUGACCGGAGCAAGACGCUGUCGCCAGGCGGCCGGCGCAGGGUCGGGGAUGUGGAAGACGGCACUGGCAGUGGUAGCAAAGACGCCGACCUGCCGCCGGACGCCCUGCACCCAACCAUGAGUUUCUACAACGACAAGGUCAUGGACCAUUUCGUGUCCAUAGUAACCAUUUCCAUCGGCCUUGUGAUGCUGGUGGUGCCCAUCUGGGUGCUCCAGGCCCUGGGAAACGCCUCUCACAAGCUGGGCGUCAUCACGGCCUUUGUCCUCACCUGUCUGCUAUUGACGAGCUUCGCCAUGACGUCCCGGCCUCUGGACGCACUGGGGGCGACGGCCGCGUACGCCGCGGUUCUGAUGGUGUUCCUGCAAGUGGGAGCCAAUUAA